GGCGGGCGGCGGCAGGGACCCAGCCGGCCACCAGGGCCGGCGCGGAGCGGGCGCUGGAGAUGCGGGGCCGGACCGCGGCCACCUGAGCCGCCAGCCUAGUCCCGCCUUCAGUGGGGAGGAUGGGCGCCCGGAUGGCUGGGCGCGCGGCAGCGGACCCCCGGGGGCUCCCUGGUCCCUGGCUCUGCCUCCUGGUGGCCCUCGCCCUGGACGUCGUGAGAGUGGGCUGUGACCCAGCUCGCCUGGACCCCACCUAUCUGCCAGCAUCCCUGGAGCUCUUGGAUGCCCCUGAGCACUUUCGUGUGCAGCAGGUGGGCCACUACCCCCCUGCCAACUCCUCUCUGGGCUCCCGAUCUGAGACCUUUUUGAUCCUGCAGCCCUGGCCCAGGGCCCAGCCACUUCUCCGGGCCUCCUACCCGCCUUUUGCCACUCAGCAGGUGGUCCCUCCUCGAGUCACUGAGCUCCACCAACGGCCAGUCCCAUGGGACGUGCGGGCUGUUUCAGUGGAAGCAACUGUGACUCCAGCAGAGCCUCAUGCCCGUGUCCUCUUCCACCUCAAAGGGCAGGAUUGGCCACCGGGGCCUGGCAGCCUGCCCUGUGCCCGGCUGCAUGCCACACACCCUGCAGGCACUGCCCACCGAGCCUGCCGCUUCCAGCCAUCCCUGGGCGCCUGCGUUGUGGAGCUGGAAUUCCCCUUGCAGUGGUUCUUCCAGGGCUCCACCACACGGGCCGAGCUGGCCUACACACUGGAGCCUGCAGCUGAGGGCCCUGGGGGCUGUGGCCUCGGUGGGGAUGAGAACCCUGGGGAGCAGGCCCUCCCUGUGGGUGGAGUGGAGCUGCACCCAGCAGACCCCCCACAGUACCAGGAGGUACCUCUGGAUGAGGCAGUGACUCUACGAGUGCCAGAUGUGCCAGUGCGACCUGGUCAGCUCUUCAGUGCCACCCUCCUGCUUCGGCACAACUUCACAGCCAGUCUCCUGACCCUGAGGAUCAAAGUGAAGAAAGGGCUGCAUGUAACAGCUGCUCGCCCAGCCCAGCCCACUCUCUGGACUGCCAAGCUGGACCGCUUCAAGGGUUCAAAGCACCACAGCACCCUGAUCACCUGUCACCGUGUGGAGCCUACAGGGCCGGACUCCAGCAGUCCCCUUGAACUGUCUGAGUUCCUGUGGGUGGACUUUGUGGUGGAAAAUGGCACUGGUGGGGGUGUGGCAGUCACUCGUCCCGUCACAUGGCAGCUGGAAUACCCAGGCCAGGCCCCCGAAGCUGAGAAGGACAAAAUGGUGUGGGAACUCCUGGUGUCGGAGCGGGACAUAAGAGCCCUUGUCCCACUGGCAAAGGCUGAGGAGCUAGUGAACACAGCACCAUUGACUGGAGUGCCUCAGCGUGUCCCCGUGCGCCUUGUCACUGUGGAUGCUGGAGGAACACUGGUGGAGGUGACAGAGCACAUUGGCUGUGAGUCAGCCAACACGCAGGUCCUGCAGGUAUCUGAGGCCUGCGAUGCCGUAUUUGUGGCUGGUAAGGAGAGCCGAGGUGCCAAGGAAGUGCGUGUAGACUUCUGGUGGCGCCGGCUCCGGGCCUCACUGCAACUGACCGUGUGGGCCCCGCUGCUGCCCUUGCGCAUCGAGCUGACCGACACCACCCUGGAGCAGGUCCGUGGCUGGAGGGUCCCUGGCCCAGCUGAAGGGGCACCUGAGCAUGAGGCUGGGUUGGCAGAGGAGGUGGAGCAGCGCUCCCGCAGCUGCCGCCUGCAGUACCAGCGUGCAGGUGUGCGCUUCCUGGUGCCCUUUGCGGCCCACCCUCUGGACGGUGGCCGCCGUCUCACCCACUUGCUUGGCCCUGACUGGCUGCUAGACGUGACCCACCUUGUGGCACCCCACGCCCAUGUGCAGGACCCACGUGUGGCCUCACUGGAGGGUGGCCUCAUCCUGGUGGGCCGGGAGCCUGGUGUCACCUCCAUAGAGGUGCGUUCCCCGCUGUCUGACUCCAUCCUGGGGGAGCAGGCGCUGGCUGUGACGGAUGACAAGGUCUCAGUGUUGGAGCUGCGAGUGCAGCCGGUGAUGGGCAUCUCACUGGCCGUGAGCCGGGGCACUGCCCACCCUGGGGAGGUCACAGCCACAUGCUGGGCACAGUCAGCCUUCCCGCCCCCCCCACAGGAAAUGACCCUCUCCCUAUGGCUGUCCUUCUCUGACCACACCUUGGCCCCUGCGGAGCUCUACGAUCGCCAUGACCUGGGACUGUCUGUCUCAGCCGAGGAGCCCAGUGCUGUGCUGCGCGAGGAGCAGGGUGCCCAGCUCAGGGUUGUGGUGAGUGGAGCUGGUGCCGAGGGGCUACCUCUGCACGUUGCUCUGCACCCACCUGAGCCCUGCCGCCGAGGCCGACACCGUGUGCCCCUGGCCUCUGGCACCGCCUGGCUUGGGGUGCCCCCUUCCCCCACUGGGGCCCCUGCCUUACCAUCCAGCCCUGCCUGGAGCCCACUAGCUACAGAGGCCAGUGUGGGAGGUGAGCGGCAGGUGGUGGGCAGUGUAGGGGGCAGCGUGGGUGUGAGGGGCAAAUUUGAGCAGGCAGAGGAGGUCGAGAAAGAGGAGACUGAGGCCAGGGAGGAUGAGGAUGAGGAAGAAGAAGAGAUGGUGCCACCUCAGCGUGUCACUGAGCUAGAGCUGGGCAUGUACGCCCUGCUGGGCAUCUUCUGUACGGCCAUCCUCAUCUUCCUGGUCAAUGGCGUGGUCUUCGUGCUUCGCUACCAGCGCAAAGAACCUCCUGACAGUGCCGCUGACCCUACCUCCCCCCAACCCCACAACUGGGUCUGGCUGGGCACUGACCAGGAGGAACUGAGCCGCCAGCUGGACCGGCGGUCCCCUGGGCCACCCAAGGGAGACGGGGGUUGCCCCUGUGAAAGCGGGGCAGGAGGAGAGACCCCAAACCUGGCCCCUGGCCCUCCGGGGGGCACCACCAGCUCCACCAGCACCCUGGCCCGCAAGGAGGCUGGGGGACGGCGGAAGCGCGUAGAGUUUGUGACGUUUGCACCAGCGCCUCCAGCCCAGCCCGCAGGGGCCCCUGCAGUGCAGUCCAUCCUGGUGGCUGGUGAGGAAGACAUCCGCUGGGUGUGUGAGGACAUGGGGCUAAAGGACCCCGAGGAGCUUCGUAACUACAUGGAGAGGAUCCGGGGCAGCUCCUGACCCUCCCCCACCCACACUGACCCAGCAUUGUUGGUCAUCAGCCUGGGCAGCAGGGGCAGAUUGGCGGG